GACUCUGACGUCACGCGGCGGCGGUCACAUGACGCUGAGGAUGUGAGGCUGAGGCGUGUGUUAUCAUGUAGAUACUUCAUGAUUCACAGGUCUUAUCGAGACGUAUUAAUACCUUAAUCAAAAGGCGUUCGCCUCUUGUUUGCUCUCUGAAGUCGUAUCUGCGCCGCGGUGGCGGUCUUUUGUUAAAUCGAUGGAUUUUAUUCGACAGUGUGGAGUCGUUCUUCUGAUCGCCGGGCUCUCCGGCGCGAAUACACAGAUCGAGCCGCUGAUAUACGAGGAGCAGCUGCUCUGGGUCGGCGGUGGAGCCGGUCAGGUCAACACUUACAGGAUCCCCCUUCUCACCUUCACCACGCGUGGAAGUCUGCUGGCCUUCUCGGAGGCUCGAACGUCUUCUGCAGACAUCGGCGCAAAGUUUAUCGCAAUGAGGCGCUCCACAGACAAAGGAGCCACCUGGUCUCCCACGUCGUUCAUAGUGAACGACGGUACUCUGGCAGAUGGGUUGAAUCUGGGUUCGGUGGUUGUGGAUGAAGAGACUGGUGCUGUGAUACUCGUCUACUCGCUGUGUUUCCACCUUUAUCACUGCGGCCCGUCCAGCACCAUGAUGGUGCAGAGUCUGGAUGACGGCUUCACCUGGAGCGCCCCUCGAAACCUCUCUGUUGAGCUGGGGGUGAAGAGCUUUGCUCCGGGGCCGGGCUUCGGCAUACAGAAGCGCUAUGCUCCCAAUGUGGGCCGUCUGGUGGUGUGCGGCCACGGAUCCAUUGCUGGUGAUGGGGUCUUCUGUAUCCUGAGUGAUGAUCACGGGAAGUCCUGGAGAUAUGGAGCUGCCCUGAAGAGCAUCCCUUACAACCAGCCCAAACAAAAUCUGGACUUCAACCCAGACGAGUGUCAGCCAGUGGAGCUCGAGGACGGAAGCAUAGUCAUCAACGUGCGCAACCAGAACAACUACCACUGCCGCUGUCGAAUAAUCGUGCGCAGUUUGGACGGAGGCGAGACUCUUCCCGUGGAGGAGCUGGUGUUUGACAAAACCCUGAUCGACCCCGCCGUCGCAGCCGGAGCCCUGCAGAAGCAAGGAGUGAUGUACUUCACCAACCCCUCCAGCGCUCAGCACCGGGUCAAUCUGACUCUUCGCUGGUCCUUCACGGAUGGGAAGUCGUGGGAAAAGCAGGCGGUCCAGAUCUGGGCGGGGCCGAGCGGUUAUUCGUCUAUGACCUCACUCAAGGGGGAUUCUCCUGAGGACAGCAAAUACAUUUAUGUCAUUUACGAAAAGGGUUAUAAAGAUUACUGCGAGACUAUCUCUUUUGUCAAAAUCCAUCUAUACGGAGGGAAGUAACGUACGGGUAGAGGAGCCAAAAAAGGGAUAUUUAGGAAUUUUUUAAAUGAACUUGAAAAAAUGAAAGCCAAGGUAUCAUCGAUGCAAAGUAAUUUUUAAAAUUCUUUACAUUAAAUCUACAGUAUGAACUGUUUUAUAUGAAUGUCUCACCAGAAAGAAUCGAGCCUGAGAUUGAUCUAUACAGCAAUAUGAUACAAAAACGACUGUGAUUGCACCCACUGAUUCUUGGCAUUGUGCAGCCGGUGAGCACGUGUUUUUGGGACUGUUUGAUGGUUUUCGAACAUCUCAGCUGCCGUUUGUCUUGCUGAUCCUUUUAUUUCUUUUAUUGUUUUGUUGUUUACAAUAAGUGAAGUGAAUCUUCAUGAAGCCACAGCUUUCUUGCUGUGGUGGUCUGCUACUGUGUAACAGUCAUUGAUUUGUAUUGACUGCAGCUGUAAUGUCACAACUGAAGUCUUGAAUUAGUGUUUCGAAUACAGAAAUGUUCAAUUUGAAUUAUUGUGAGGUGUUUCUCCAAUCCCAGGUGUUGCUUAAAUUAACGAAGGCCUCUGAAAUGACUGGCAUACACAUGAUUUGAGACACAUAGACGGUCUAAGCAAUCAGUGUUUGUUAUAAAAUUAUACAACAGUGAAGUGAAAAAGUUAACUUCAGGUUAUAUUGUUUUAUUUACCCAGUGUGGCUUUUUUGUGGCCAUAAAUGUACAUUUAGGUAACAUCUCACUGUAAGUGAUUUUUAAAUAGUACAUGCAGGUUUGUGGUAAUUAAAUUAAAACCUAAUUAAAUUUCAUGCUAACACAUAUGACUUUUCACUUGAUUUUUCGGAUUACACAGGGACACAUUUUAUUGUUCAAUAAAUGUUUAUAUUUUCA